UCGGUGGAGUUGACAAUGGACGAAUUUAAGAAAACAGUGCCGACAUUUUACUGUUAAUCCCGCUAUGUAGAACAUUAUGUACAACGGUGUUGGGUAAGUGAUACGUAUAAGUACCUACAAUCGGAUUACUCCUCCCCAGGACUGAGUACACAGGAAUGUUUCAGCGAAUACGUGUAUUGGACAGAUCAGUCGCCGGGUACGCGCACUACCAUUAACACCGACACAAGACUGCUGUCUUUCGAGUACUAUAAUGAUUCCGUGAGUUUUAGUUCCAGUAUGGAAUCCCUGACUUGGCAGGGUGGACCAGUUCCGGUCCAAUACAUGGACGACGGGACGGACAGUGGUUGUGACCUAGAAACGUCCGUGUUUCUGGAAGAACACGCUAUACGGCGGACUAUUAUAUAUUCCGGUAGAAAUUCCAAACACUCUAGCAGUGAUGAUCAUUCUCUUCCAACGGAGCUCUCCACGGACCAUUCGUCUCCGGGGGUACUUAAGAUAUUUGGAGGGACUAUAGUUCCUGGUGUGGAGUAUAAGAGUGUGCUUGCCUCAUGUCGCUCCACGGCCCCCGAACUAGUGAAGCAAGCCCUUGAAAGGUACGGCUUGUCUGCUACACUUCACGAUGAAUAUGUACUAUGUGAUGUAGUCGGUCGGGCCAACGCCGGAAGUACUCGCAGGCUGGAUGUGAACAACAAGGUCAAACAAGAGCCAAGGUGGAAGAGGAUGUGCUCUAGGAUAUUAUCUGAUAAAGACAGACCACUGUUUCUACAAAAGUUUUGGCGGCCUUCGGAUGGAUUCUGCCGGAGAUAUGAACUUCGCAGGAAAAUGGAGGUGAUAGAUUCCAUGGGCGACGAUGACACCUACGGAUUAAAUGAAAAUGCUAGAAAGAUAUCUUUUUCUAAGCUUAGGCCUGGCGCAAUACCUUUCUUUGUUCCCUGGACACAAAGCCUGGACAGAUUAAGAGAUGAAUACGAUUUAGAGGGAAGUUCGUCUUCCAAUUCGUGGACGUGCAAUAAUAACAAUCAAAACAACCUGAUGCGAAGUAUAAGUUUUGACGUUAAAGGGCAGCGAACAGACGUCUCCCUUCCCAGUAAGACUGGUUCAGAUCACGUGCUCGCCCCUAUCUCUCGGCCGUUUCUUUUGACACUGAGGGGGUAUGAUGUUAACAAGGACUCGCUUUUCUACAUCCUCGAGGGUAAGACGAUGCUUGUUUGCUGUCCCGACGGUGCUGUGAUGAACAAACCGUGUAUGACACUUUCCGCCCCCGAUAUCAACCCCCAGCACUGCCACAUUCACCUGAAGCGGUCCUCGUAUUCACACCUGUCAGGAGCACUCCACCACAACUACUGUCUGGAGGUGGAAUGCAAUUUGACCUCUAACAUCCGGGUGAACGGUUCAGCCGUCGUGGGUAGGGAAACACUUCAAGCAGGAGACAUCAUUUCAAUCGGUAACUAUUACGUGUUUCUCUUCAAAGACUUCACGGCAGGAAAUGAUAUCCCGUCAGACCUUCCUUGGAUAUCAUCCUCGUCGGAUGACAUAUUCAGUGAUAGUAUGCGACGUAAACAAAACAACGCCAAACGUCAUCAAAAUGUAGUCCAUGUACCUCCGCUCAUGCUUGGUUCUACAGAUGACAAUAUCUCAAUUACCACAAUGGAGUCUCAAGGAACAGAGGUUCAACGAGAGAAAUUCAGAUUCGCGUAUUCCCGUGAGAAAGAAGACGAACUUGUUAACGCAAUAGGUGCUGUUAUACGGCUUGACCAGACGAACUUUGUCCUAGCGCCUGCAUACCUGUACAGUAUGUGCAUUCAAUUUUCCUGUGUCCGGUUCGAUCCCUAUCAGAUACGAAACCUGUUGCUGAGAAUUCUUGCGGCCGUGACGGAAAGUGCUGCGGCAAUAUCAAAAGCACUGAAGGAAAACAAGUUCAACAGCGGUUUGGUGAGAAGCAGGCGUCACCCGUCCGUCAGUGAAGAUUUCCUCAGGGAGAUGCUUCAGUGGAUUUCCAACUGUGUUCAACUUAUCCUUUACCUCAGGGCAGACAACUUCCGGUUACCCAGAACAAGUGUAACGCGUGGCAGUCCCCUUGACAGCGAUGUCCAUGCGGCGUUUCGUGACCUUGCAACAGGACUGGAAGAGAUAGUUGUAUUCUGCUUUCAACAGUCUAUUUACACGAUCACCAAGGCUCUAUACUUACUUCUACCUAUUUUGUUGGAUGGAAACCCUUUCACGGAAGAUGCCGGUAGUAGACACGGUGUUGGCAAGGUGAUCGCCAUCUUGGACAGUGUAGCCGGAUUAGUCGUUUCAUUGCGUCUGCACAAUGACGUCAUCAAACAACUAUUUAUGUACAUAUUCUUCUUCUGCAGCACGUCCGUUUUCAACCGUCUCUUCCUGAAAGAACCAGAUGCAGCUGAACAGUACUACACCUGGGCAGCAGGUGUGCGGAUCAAAGCAAAUCUUGGUAAGCUCGAGGAAUGGGCGAUCAGAAACAACUUAGAUGAAGAAUUUGAACAUCUUUUCGAACGCUUGAUAACAGUAGCAGAAUUCCUUUCAACAUCCAAAGCUUUAUUAGAAAAGUAUGAUUGGCUGACAAUGAAAAAGCAUUUUCAUCCCCUAAACGAGGCUCAGUUGUACCGCCUCCUUUCUGGUUACCAUGCCGACAGACAUAUCAUGCCAGAAAAUUGGCAUCCUUCACCGGAGGAUGUGGAACUUGCUCUUAGGGAAGACGAGGUGAUGCUCGACCUCUCUGGUCACCCUGCAUUCCUGCUUCCCACGGAGGGAUGUGACAUCGAUCUUAUGCAUCCCCCGGAUGCUGGACAAUUCUGGGCUCUCUUCAAACAGCUUUAUGCACAGUUUGGUCUCUCAGAAGAUGAAAGUGACAUUGGUCUAAGUCCUGGCAACACACCGCGAUUCACAGGGAACUUUCCUAAGGUCGAGCUGCAGAAAUCUUUCUUCUGUCAGACCUCGUCUUCCAGAUCUCGAACCAUGUCUCCCCACCGGAAAGUACAGUUUGUUGCCGACACCGACAGUAGCACACAAUCGACCCCCAGGGGACGGAAAACCCCAAACGGUGUGGUGCCUGGGUCAUCGCCUAACUUGUUAAGUAAGGUUACUGAUAAAAAUAAAACUACUGCACCCGUAAAGCCAAAACGGAACCUACUCAAAUCAAAUCUCAGUCCCCGACAGACAGACUCACCGGAUAAAAGACUUGAUAUGUUAAUCAAUAAGUCAGGGUCACCUGUCAUGGCAGGUGGUGACGUCACGGAUCGAUCUGAACCAGAAUCUGUCACCAUGGAUACAAGUACAAGUCCAGUUGGCAUGCAUACGGAUACAAUUCCGGUAGUAUCAAGUAAAAGCAUGUCUAUUGAAGAAGCUGCGGUCAAAGCGGACAACCCAGAGUACACGCGGAACUCGGCAAAUGCAAUCAGAGUUUCAGCCCCGCCACCAGUACCACCGCGACAGCCAAUGAACGAAGUGUCUCGUGAAAAACCAACUGGUCGGAGAGUUCAAAGGUCUGUAAGUGACAUAUUGGGAAGACCUGACAUGUAUCAGGACUCCUGCAUUGACAGCGAACAAAGAUCAGAUUUUGAUAGGAUGGGAAAUCACACGGACGAUGAACAAGGAAAAAUUUCUGCUAGAAGCGGAUACCACACAGAUGGGGAACAAAAUAAUAGCUCUGCUAGAAGCGGAUACCAUACAGAUGGCGAGCAAAAUAAAAGUUUUGCUAAAAGCAGAAAUCAUACAGAUGGCGAGCAAACUAAAAGUUCUGCUAGAAGCGAAUACCGUGCAGAUGGCGAGCAAAGUAAGAAUUCAACUAGAAGCGGAAACCAUAUGGACGGUGAGCAAGAUAAAAGUGCUGCUAAGAGUGGAUACCAUACGAAAGGUGAGAAAGAUCGAAAUUCGACCAGCUAUCAUACGGAUGGCGAGCUUGCAUUGGACAGAAACGGGAAUGAUGAGGAAGAAGAGUUCUGCUCUAAAGAUCUGAUGCUUUCCGUCAAUAAGCAAAUUUUGGAAGCCCACAAGCAACAUUCGGAGCAAGCCCUUCCCGUAGCAUUGCCACGCUCUCCGACCAAUAUACACGUCGAGGAACGGUUCGAUAUGUCUACUUCGUCCCGUCUUUCCAGUAAUCCUGUCUUUUCAGUCAAUGUCCGAAAGGGUAACCAGGGCCUCGGUCUAGGUCUUAUCGAUGGCCUGUACACCCCACUGCGACUGGCCGGUAUCUACAUUCGAAAGGUCCUACCCGACAGUCCGGCAGCUCUGAGUGGAAGUCUGCAUGUAGGGGACCGGCUUCUAUGCGUCAAUGGCAAGAGCAUUGUUGGAGCGGACUAUCAGAGUGCAAUGCGUUUAAUAAAGGCUUCUGGUGAAAAUCUUACUUUAUUGGUGGCUAAAGGAAACAGAUCAAUCGCUGGGAAAAUAUCCUCUACGAAUUGCUGAAUGUCGUUACGCUUGGAUUAUAUACUCGAUGUGUAUUUCUGAUAUGACCAAAUGCUUUCACGACUAGAGGAGACAAAGAUGUAGACAAGCAUUUCCUCGAAGAAUACUGAACCGCAUUUUGUAUAAUUUGUUUAUGUGCAUUGACGUCUUCAGAAACCGGGAAAGUGCAAUUAUUUUGAUUGGAAUCGGCAUAUCUCCGGGAGAUCGGCUGCGGCGAGUACUCCAUGUAUCUUGAUAUACGUAUACUCUAUACAGGGUUUUGGCACCGUGAAUCGUCUAAAAACGCAACCUCAACACGGAGUAGUUUAUUUACAGUACGGUCUAUGCAUUAUUUGUAAAACUGAUGUCAGUGUUUCCAUGCACGACUUAAUACAUUUGAGAACAAUUUUACCGAUACGAAGCAUUUUAAGCGCCAUGUUCUUAAUCAAGCAUUGCGCUUCAGUUGUUAACUGCCUGUAACUUCUUCGAUGCAUGAUGUACAUUUGUUCUUUCAGACUGUUAAAUUUGCUAUUGUGAGCAAUAUGAAAUGCAACAUGGGGGUUCCCCAGACUUUCAAUGCAUUUUGACGCACAGAGCAUGCGCAGGUACUGUAUCAACUUUCAGCUGUUGAUCUUAAUUAGUAAUCAUCAAUAAAAAUGUAUUACCUUAUGAACAAAAAAGACAACAUAUUUUAUCAUGUCAACUUUGUGACAUUCAGCCUUGAAUAAAGACACGAAAUGUUGACCGUCUGAUCACAGCAAUGUUGACUGUCUGAUCACAUCAAUGUUGACUUCUGAUCACAGCAAUGUUGACUGUCUGAUCACAGCAAUGUGACUGUAUGAUCACAGCAAUGUGACUGUAUGAUCACAGCAAUGUUGACUGUCUGAUCACAGCAAUGUUGACUGUCUAAUCACAGCUGUGUUGAUUGUCUGAUCACAGCAAUCCGUAGCUCAGACAGUUUAAAAAGUUUCGUUUGAUCAUCGAAUGCUCGGACAUUCGAACCAGUGUCCCGGGGAUUAUUUUUUUUUACACAAUAAUUUGACAUUGUAGAUCGAGAGAUUGGGAAAACGAAUAUUGUUUUUCAGAACAGUUAGUCUGUACCUAUAAACAAUUCACAGCGUUACAAUAAAAUAUCUAUAGAUAAACAUGCCUCAUCAUUCAUAACUGAUAUUAUUUAAUUAUAUGACCUAAUUUGUCAAACACAAACUGGCCCGUUGAAUCAAUGUUUCUGCUAGUUCAACUCAUUAUGAGAGAGCUGACCUCAUACCCAAGACCAAAGUGAGUGUUACAUGUUCUAUUUUACCGAAGGAACGCACAUACGUAUCCCCACCACAUAAUUUGGCAGGAGAUAUAUAUCGUACAUGAAAUUGAACAGCAUUAAUGAUAUACGAGUAAUUGUUAUAAUGGUGUUGGU